GCCCUCACUUCCGGUUUCCCCCGGAAGGCGGACAGAAGAAGGAGGAGGAGCAUGUCUGACAUGUUUACCUCGCCAAAAUCCAGACUCUAGCCGCGAUCGGGAGAUGUAAAAACACCGCCGGACGAGAUGGGAGACUUGCAGGAACUGUCUUCCAUCAGGGAAACGAUCUUACAGGCGAGGGAACACGUGCAACAACUCGAAGACAGGCUGAAGCUCCUUGGGCUGGCCAAAACUCAGGUUGAAAGUUCUGCCCAUGAAGCCAAGUCUACAGUGGAAAAACACUUCCAGGAGCUGAAGGAGGCCAUCUGCAGUGCAAUAGACACCAGACAGAGGGAGCUGCUGGAUAGGGUAGAGGAGAUAGAGGUCGAAUCCUUGGAGCCACUCAGGGAAUGUGAAGAUGUUGUUAAGAAUUCCAUCAUAGAGGAUUUAACUGUGAUAGAAGAAGGAGAGAAGCUAGUAGAAGCCAGUGAAGUCAUAGCAGCAGCGGAGCUGAAGUCAUUCUGUGACAGGAACAACAGUAGAUCACUCAACAGCUUGCCAGAGGUGCCCCCAUUGUCUGAGGUCCCCUGUAUCCUGCUGGCUGGCCUGGACCCAGCCUGUAUCACAGAACUGCCGGAGGAGAUUGGGAGUGACGGGUACGUCCUGGCCCACGCACCGGUCCAGGUAGAGGAGCUACGGGAGAGGCCAGGAGGGGUUCUAGCAUCAUGGUAUGAGAUAGAAGAUGAUGACAUUCCAGAGAAGCAGUCCCCAGUAGAGUACAGACUGCAGUACUGCUGCGGGAGGGUGGACAGGGUCACCAUGAACACAACAAAGUUCCGCGAAGCGUACCAGGGCCAAGACACCUGCUGCACUGUCAAACACCUGAAGUUAAACGUGGACUACAGUUUCAGAGUGUGCUGCAAGAUGGUCCGUGGCUGGUCUCCAUGGAGCAUUCCACAAGUUGCUAGGACAACUUUGCUGCAGCAUGAGUGGGAGGUUGCAGAGGAUUCUGGGUACACGUUGGGUAACGGGAACACGACCCUGACCAGAACAUCUCCCAACGCGGCCAUCAGUGUGCUGCACUCCAGCAAGAGCAGUCUGUUGUGUGGGGAUAUGGUCACUUUCAAGGUUAAUGGAACAGGAAAAACUCACCGCGGAGAUGGACUUGGCCUUGUACUAGUGCAAGAAGAAGACUCCAUCCUACAGCGUAUAGGCGCGGUAUGCGUAGGUUCCACGGGAGUCGUUCACGUCAACGGGAAAGAAAUGACCAAUCAGCUUCCAGCUCUCACUAAGGGCACCACCGUGACCUUUGACACCAGCAAGGUCGCCAGCGACACUAAGAAGUUGCGUGUGUCGAUCACGGUAGCCGACAGACAGGUCACGUGCGAGUGGGUUCCGGGUGGGGACCUCAGCGAACACUUAUAUUUCGCAGCCUGCUUCGUACAUAAGGGAUGGGAAAUCACUGUAGAAUGAUCAGGAAGCAGCACUGGUCUCUUUGGAUAUGGAAUGCCACUGGAAAUUAUUCUCUACCAGACUAACUACGCUGGCUAUAUAUAGGAGAAUAUUUGCCAGGGGAGUUUGGCUGCCUUGCAGGUUUGACUUCAGAAGGAAAGAAACUACAUGUACCUCCCCGCGGCCGGACUCCCUUGGCCAAUUUUACUCUCUUUUUUGCCGAAUUCUACAAUUUGUAUUCCCGUAGAAAGGUCUGGUAGAGGCUAACUGGAAAUGUCGAACUUUUAAUAAAUUUACGAGGCCAAAUCUCUAUAUCCGAAAGAAAGAUACCGCAAUAAAAAGCAAAGGAUGCACUUUGAAAAGACUGUGAAACUUCAGUCAAAAUUGUACAAGCUUCUAAAACUCAUUGCCCAUACAGUUUUUAAGACUUUCCAGAUACAAGUUGACCAGUGUGGCGAAUGGAAAUUUAAUGUAGUGGUUCAAUCUCUGCACUCUUCUUUGCUGCACAUGGCUGAAUGAAUUUAUACAGCAACAUACAUGUCAAUGAGUGUGUAGUAAGUUAGUAAAAGGCAUAGGUGAUGAGAGCUAUAGUUAAGUCUUAUAUCCAUGUGAAACAUUAUGUCAAUGAUAAGAAUCUAGGCACAAUCAAGGCUUGUGCUCUCUAUGUAUAAUUUGUUGAAACUUAUCAUAGAUGUUGGAAAUAUACAAAAUGCUAAAAUUGAAGGCUAGGUGUCAUUACCAGACUUUUACAUUAGGGAUUUUACUUGGUAUUAUUAUGUAUCCAAUUGAAUUGUUUGUGUUCAUUGAGAUUAUCAGGUUAUGAAUAUCAGGUUGUGAAUAUCCAGCUUAAUCAUUACAAACAUGUAACUGUUGCCACCAUAUUUAAUUAUCACAGUUUACUAUGUGAUAAGAGCCUCUAGAUAAAUAAUACAGUCGUCAUAUAAUACCAGUAAGACUUAAAAUGACAUUCCAGGCAAGUUAGCUGUUGUUAUCAUGUUUCAGCAAUAGAAUACCAGUAAAUACAAGUGUCUACAAAAUAAGGAUUGCCACUGCCAGUACAUGUGUAUUGCAUACUAUAGGCCACAGCAUCUGCAUGUGUAAAUUGUAAUCUUUGCAGCUAGUUGAAGUUGAAAGAACGUAAAAUCUGCUUGGAAAGGGCUCACAGCUCCGUACUAUGCGACCUCAAUACAACAUGAUGGCCCAGUUUGUUUAGUUUAUAUAGUAGUUAAGUAUCAAAAUUGCCAUGUGUUAGGGCAGUGGUAUAGAAAGCAUGUAUUGUUCGCAAUCAAGUU